AAUUUAUGUUUCCAAAACUGCAAUAAACGCGGGUUGCUUGAAUGGUCACAAACAAGUACAAACAAAUCAGAUUUAAACAGAUCGCAUUGGUAAAUUUGCACUCGGUGUAUGCGCAUGCCAUAGGGGAUCUGUCGACAAAAUAUAGAUCUGCUAAAUGAUGUAAGGUUGAUGUGCAAAAACUUUUUGGUACCGAAUUAACACAAUGGCAGAUGAAUUAUACACCAAGAGGCUUCCGGUUUUAUUCAAGUCUCCUGAUCGCGAGGACAGACGAGAACAUGUCCAGUUGAAAAUGGAACUGCAGACCUUAUCUUCUCCUUUACAUAAAAAGGAACUGGUGGUCAGAUUGACAGAUGAUCGAGAUCUGUUUUUCUUGUACACAUUAAGGCUGGGAGAAGAAGAUUUCCAAAGCUUAAAAACACAACAAGGGUUAUUGGUGGACUUUGCACAGUUUCCACAGAAAUUUAUAGAUCUACUGGACAUGUGUUUAAGAGAAGAGCACAAAGAGGUUCCAAAAUUUAUUUUACACUUCAUCUCCCAGGGUUCCUUUAAUGGAGAGAGGACGACAUGUACAUUGAAUGUGAUAGAAACCAACCCAUUCAAACACCUGACUCACCUUAGUCUGAAGUUUAUACCAGGGACGGACUCCGACAUUAAGAAAUACCUGGCUGAUUGUCUGAAACAGCUAAAGGACACAAAUUCCUUACUACAACAAAGACUGGAGCACACAGACACAGAUUUAAACCAGAAACUUCAACAGACCACAGAGGCACUUAAUAGCAAGUCCAUAGAGCUGGAUCAUUUAAAGGCGGAAUGGACAGCUAAAAUGAAUGACUUGGCAGCAAGACAUAAACACGAGAUGGCUACAGAGAAAGAGAAAACGAUUCAGAUGCAGAGCAGUUUUCAACAGAGACAAGACAGAGAGAGAAAGGAUAUGGAGCAGGCCCACAUGAAAAUCGUGAAGCAGUUAGAAUCUCGGCUGUAUGAACUAGAGGGUGUCAAUAAGGAUCUGACAGACAGGAAGUAUAAAUCUGAGUCCACCAUCAGGGAACUUAAGUCCAAACUCUCCACAGUUGAAGAAGAGCAUCUGCGAGUCAAACAGGAACUACAGAGCCUCAGGAAACAAAACUCCUCUCUGGACGGAGAAUACCACGAGAAGGAGAAACUACUCCAUCAGCUGAACACCAGGGUCGCUGUCCUUGAACAGGAGGUCAAGGACAAAGAGAUCGUUAUUGUCAAGUCCACUGAUCUGCUCACCUCUGAACAGCAGAAAAAGGUUCGUUUAGAAGAGGAGCUAGAACAUAAGCAGAAAGAGAACUACAAACUGGAGAAUAAAGUUAAAGCCAUGUCUGAUGAAUUGAUGAAAGGGAAUGAGAUUAUCAAGAAACUUCAAGGGGAGAUCAAGAAUUACCAUGCUAAAGUGAAGCUACGCAGUCAGAUUGCCAAUGAACAAGAGAAGUUACUGGGUGAGAAAGACCAAGAACUAGAACGACUGAGGCAGGAACUAGCCAGCACAAAGGAAAAUCUCAGACAGAAAGAGGAUGAGGCUAAGAAGUUGUCAGAUAACCUAGAAACUACAGUACAAAAGCUAGAGGAAAGCAGGCAGUUGCUAAAGACAAAUGAGAAUGUGAUACAGUGGUUAAAUAAGCAGAUCACUGAGACACAGUUAACACAACAAAGACUGGGAACUUUUGAAAACCCGGGAGCUACGACAAACUUCAGACCAUCAGGCUCAGCACUGCAUAACUACAGUACGUCUAGCUAUGGUUCAAUGAAUUCCCAUUCUGAAACACCAGGUCCAGGGUCAGGUGUAGGGAUUCCCAGGACGUAUACCAAUACUCACAGACAACCACAGGUUCAGUAUAAUCCUGGUCAGCCUCGCAGAACGGGGCUACCCCAGCCAAUGUCCAGAACCUCCCACCCUCCCUCUAUUCCCGAGGAGACCCGCCCCAAGUCCUCACAGUCCUCAGCCAUCACCGGGCUCUCUGGAGGGGACAAGGAAAAUGACCCACCUCUAGAUCCCAAAUAUCUGCAGAAAAGAGAGGAGCCCAUACAUGUGAGGGGAUUAGGGGGCCGCAUGGAGUCCCCACCCAUCAUACAGACUUCUGUGGCACCACCGGUGCAUGCUACAAGGGUGGGGCAGCACCACCCCGUGGCCCCCAAAACCAGUCAACCUCCCUUAGCCUCAGCUUAUUUCCCAGGGCAAAAAAUGUCAUGACAUCCAUUCAAAUGAAUUUAGGCCAUUGUUUUUUUUAAAAGAUUUGUUGAAAAAAGCAUUGAAAUGUUAAUUGCCAUUAAAUCUAUGGUUAUAAAAUGCUUUCAGAAUAUUCUUGUCAGAUUUGCAAGUUAUCGCAAUAUGAAGUAU